UCUUUCGUCGGGCACGAGCACGUUUACAGCUGCAGUUAUUUCUGCCCAAAUCCAGACAACUUCUCGAGUCUUCCCAAAUAUCCGAAAGGGUGACCGAUUCUUCAGUUACUUAGUCAGUCGGUCAGCGUAAUAGUGCUGUUUUAUUUCAAACCGAUGCUGGUAUUGAGGUGAUAUUCCUCGUUUAGUGUAAAUAUGUGGCGUUGGAGAUACUGAUAAUGGAGAGAGACUUACUCAGACAGUCCGUGUCGUAUCAUGGAGAAAGCCUGCUGUUGUUAUUAAAAUGCGAGCAAAGUGAAAACCCAGACUUCAAACAUGUGGCUGCGGAUCUCGCUAAAACUCUCGAUCAAAGGGAUGAAGAGGAGGAGAGUCCUGUCCUGGAGCAGUUCAUAGCGAGGAAAGCUGAUCUGCUGUUUGCUCCGUCGUGGAAGACCUCUUCACCAGCAGAUGAAUGGCAGGAGGAAUCUGGAGAGGCGUGCGCCAUCAUGCCUCCCCUGGAGCAGUUCAUGGAGGUGUGCUUCGAGGAGAGACGGGAGCUCUUCUACAGGGACGUGGAGCGAGGAGACGUGCUCAUCGGGAGGAUCAACUCCGUGAGAGACUUCGGCUUGUUCGUAACUCUUGUGUGCACCGCCGGGGGACUGGAACGAGACAUCGAGGACCUGGAGAUAAAGGCCCUCUGUCCGUUAAGAGAGGUACCUUCAACUGGAAAUCACGACGAUCCUUUAUCUUAUUACCAAAUUGGGGAUUUGAUUCAAGCUGGGGUGAAGGACAUCGACCGCUAUCACGAGAAGCUGACGUUAUCGCUGUUUUCAUCCUCUCUGCCUCCUCACUUGGAUAAAGUUAAGCUGGGUGUCAUAAGCAAAGAAGAUCUCCCUCUUCAUUACACCCGGGGAGAAGCGGUGGCCGCAGACAGCAGCGAGACGUACGAGAAGCUUCUGGAGAGCUCUCUUGGUUUGUCCAACCCUCUAAACGUGGACUUCCUCCUGGGAAAGCUGGGAAUAAGCGACACACAAACGCCUACACUAAUGAGGGGCUUGCAGAGUAAACGAUUCAAAGAAGAAGAUUUCGCGACAGCGAUUCGGAAGAAACAGUCUGUAUCCUGGGCCCUGAAAUGUGUUAAAGCUGGCGUCGACCAUUUCAAAUCGGGCCGUUACGUAGAAGCAAUGAACGAGUACAACAAGGCCUUAGAGAUCGACACGAACAACGUGGAAGCUCUUGUGGCGCGCGGAGCUCUAUAUGCAACCAAAGGAAGCUUAAUGAAAGCCAUCGAUGACUUCGAACUGGCCUUGGAGAGCUGCCCCACGCACAGGAACGCCAAAAAGUACCUCUGCCAGACGCUGGUGGAACGAGGAGGACAACUCGAAGAGGAAGAGAAGCUGGUGACUGCUGAGGGUCUCUACAAAAGAGCCAUCGUAUUAGACGGCACGUUUCAAGAGGCGGCAGAAGCUCUGGGGAAACUUCAGAUACGUAUCCAGAAAUCGCUUAAAUUGAAAGAGCAGGAAGCUGCCAAAGAGCAGGAAAAAACUAAGAGCGUGGAGACGAGUGCAGAGAAAUUGCGUAAGAUCCUAAAAGAAGAGAAAAGAAUGAAGAAGAAAAGGAAGCGGUCGACCUCUUCCUCAACGUCCUCCGAUACGUCCUCGACUUCAAGCGACGACUCUUCUUCGACGAGUCGUAAAAAGUCGAAGAAGCGGAAGCACAAACGUCGGCGCUCGUCCCACGGCAGUAAGAAACACAAGCGGAGGGUGUCGUCUUGCAGCGACAAAACGGCGGAAGACGACAGAGAGUGGUUUCCCGCUCCCGCCAACACCUCCGCUUCGUACAUCGACCAGAAGCGGUCCGUGAGCGAACUCCUCGGCGAAGGAGAGCGGUCUUGGGAAAAAAACCGAUGCGAAGACUGCAGAGGUAGGUUAGAAGAUGCCAUCGAAGGAAGUCUGGAGGACCUCAAACACGGAGAGCGCCCGGAAGCGUCUGGACCGGGACGUCCCGGCGCGAACGGCGAGGUUAGAGAUCGACGCGGGACUCGGAGCGCCUCUGAGUGUCCCGGAAACAGGAGGGAUUCGUCCUCCUCGACCCAGUCCGAAUACUCUCAGAAAUCAGAGCGAUACAGAAAGCGUAGCGAAUCGGAACGAGGCGGGUACGAGAAGACGAAUAGAGGAGAGAGAAACGGUGAUCAAGGCAGGAGACCGUCUGGCGGAUCCGUGAAAAAAGAGAUCCCUUCCAAUUUGAUGGACAUUUUCAGUCAAAUCGCUGAAUUUGAGAAAGGAAAAAAGAUGAAAAAAUAAAGUCGGCCUAGUAGGUCUUCAGGGCUUCAACACUAGUCGUGCUUUCAAUACCAGAACUAGCAGCUUUAACGCUCAAAUAUAGUUAUUGAAAUAGUUUACGAAAGGUUGGUCAGAACGGUUUGUUUUCGUAAUUUCCAGUUGUUUUUUUUUGCUUUGGGGGAAGCAGCCCGUCUGCCGCGAAACUGAGCGAUGGCCAAAAUGUGUGACGCGAAUGAUGCCUCAGUAUUAUGAAUUGCAUUCAGUAUAAUGUCAGUGUUCAAAUAAAUGAAUGUAACGGUCAAAAAAA